AUGAAGUCCCAAGGAUCUAUCUUUCAUCUCGCAGGACAUCAUGGUUUCCACGUUAUUCUAAUCGUCCUUUGUAUCAUGUUUUUCUUACCGUUCGGUACCGGCGAACGCUUACAAGAUAAAAUUCCGGAUAAUAAGAAGAAUGUAGAAAAUAUUCAAGAAGUACAUGGGAGUGGUAGUAAGAUCGAUCAAAGUCAAUCGAUCAAAUCUAUAGAUCAUCGAUCGGAAAAUGUUACGAUCGAGUCUGACAGUCCUGCAUUGCGUUCCUUCUUGAAGAAUAUCUUGAAAGCUCGAGACGAAUUGAAGUGGAUAGAUCAAGCUGCGGAUAGUUUAAAUGAUCCAAAUCGUGUGUACAGAAAAAAUAAAGGUAUCUACGAGAGAAAAGAAAGUAUAAAGAAUCAACGGCCUUCGAAUGAUCGUUUUUCUUCGAGCGAUCGCUUGAAUUCUAAUAAGAAUCUUCAAUAUGAAAGGGUUAACGGAGAAAAUCGAUGGACUCGUAAUUAUGAAGUCCCACGUAUGAACAACGACGAUACAGAUUACAAGAUGAUCUAUAACCUAGACAAAAAAGAAUCCACGGACUCCGACGCAUCGUUAGAAAAAUUGAAACAAACCGUGUUAGAAUUAAAGGAAAAUUUAACUAGAAGGGACGAUAAUUCGGAAAGAAGCAAAGCUAUUCAGAAAGCGAUCUUAAAUAAUAACGAAUACGAUAAACUUACCGAGGUAGAUUCGUCGAAAAAGAAGAACAAAGAUGAACGAAAGAAAGACAUCCCGCCGUUUUCACCGUCGAAAAGUCAGAAACAUACUGAACGAUCGAACGCUCCUGCGAACGAAAAUGAAAACACAAGUACUACACUUUUGUUUACAUGGCUUUUCUAA